AUUUAAGGGGGAACAAAGGGAAUUUCACUCAGAGGGUGGUGAGAAUGUGGAAGUGGUGGAUGCAGGUUUUAUUUUGAACAUUUCAGACGUUUCGAUAAUUACGUAGAUAGGAGUGGUAGAUAGGAGCAAUGGUCCAGGUGGUUCUUAAUUGGUCAGGGCAUGAGGGGAUGCUGGGAGAAGGCCGGAGAUUAGGGCUGCCAGGAAAUAUGGAUCAGCCAUGAGGAAAUGGACUCGAUGGGCCAAAUGGCCUAAUUCUGCACCUAUAUCUUAUGGCCUAAGGUGCAGGUUGAUGGGACCGGUCAGAAUAAUAGUCAGCACAGACCAGAUGGGCCGAAUGGCCUGUUUUGCGUUGUAGUGUUCAAUGACUCUGCCGGGAAGGGCCGUUUCUCUGCUCAAUGACAAUAUGAGAACGCUGUGAUUUGGAUUCUAUGAGUUAUUUUAACAAAAUUCGAAUUAAAUUCAGUCAACGGAACAGGACCGAUGAGUGGGCAGUUAGCAAAAUAUCUCCUGCCUUUUCACCAGAGGAUUUACAUAAUACUGGAUCUUCAACUCGCACAUACCCACGUGGUUUUUACAGCCUUCACUUCCAUUUGAGAGAGCAGAGUGGAGGGGUUCAAUGGAUUGAACUGGCAACUCUAGAGAACCAUCGGCGACCUGCACCCUGUAUGCCCCCUGCUAUAAAUCUGGGACAAGCAGAGUGAUAGUUAAAUCAUUCGACCUGAUGUGGUGCCCCAUUGUACUGGGCUUCCCCUGGAUUAGCAGCUGCUGGAGAAUCUGUCUCCCCACCCCUCAGGGAUUCCUGACCUGGAAAUCAGGAAGGCAAAGACAGUGUGCAGCUGAGUGCAGUAGGGGGGGAAAGCAGGUUGAAAACUCACUGGAUGAUGCAUCAUGGUGAACAAAAGGAUGAUUUGCUCCCAGAAAAUAGCAGAUUCAAGGCCAAAGGAGCAAAUAGGGUUUCCAAGUCUUAUCCAGAACCAGUUUUCUCAAUGGAUGUCUGACCUGCCGGAAAAGUUAUGGGACAUAGGUCUGUGCAAUUUGGCUAUUCCAGGAAGCCAUGACUCCAUGUCUUACUGCUUAGACUUAAGUUCUCCUGUCACACCUUCAGAUAAGUUUGUAAACUAUCUGGAUCAUAUAAUACCCUGCAUCACACGUCCAGAGAUAUACAGAUGGUGUACGACACAGGAAUCCAAUGUAACUCAACAGCUGGAGGAAGGAAUUCGAUUCUUUGAUCUUCGGAUUGCUCAUAAACCAAAUGAUACAACUGAAAAUUUGCACUUUGUCCAUGGGAUCUAUACAACGAUAACUGUUCAGGACGCGUUCAAGAAGAUCAGAGACUGGUUGGAAACCCAUCCCAAGGAAGUAGUUAUUCUGGCCUGCAGGUUCUUUGAAGGGAUGAAUGACCAACAGCACCACCAGUUAAUUCAGAAAAUUGAAAACAUAUUUGGGCCCAAACUCUGCCUGAAAACCUCUGCUGAACGGGUAACAUUAAGGAAAUUGUGGAAGUUGGGUCGUCAAGUCAUCCUGUCCUAUGAUGACAACAUUGCAGAAGAAUAUCCCAAACUUUGGCCUGGAAUCUCCUAUUGGUGGGCAGAUACAUACAAACCUAAAUCACUUGUUCAAUAUCUAGAAACACAGAAACAGAAAGGACGACCAGAUGGCUUCUUUGUUGCUGGCAUGAACCUUACAGAAGAUUGGUGGUACAUUGUGACUCACCUCCACAGCUCCUUGAAGAAACUGACUUUUCCUAAUUACCCAUAUUUGAGAGAAUGGAUUAUAAAGCAGACAGCAGGACCUGGAAAGUACUGCCUUAAUAUAAUUGCAGGGGAUUUCAUACAAGAUGGUGACCUGGUUCCGGCUGUACUUGACCUCAAUAGAAAACUGAUCUAAAGUGAAAGAAACUGAUAUACUUAUAUAACAUCUUAGAAAGCUGUAGAGUUUCCUUUUUGGCUUGGGCAAGUGUAACGCCUGGAGCUUACAGGUUAAAUGUCCCAUUGUUAAGAGUGUUCAUAAUUUAGCACUGAAGGAGUUUUAUUUGGAUGCCAUGUUAAGUGAGAAGUUCCAAGUUUAAUUAUUCAACCAUACAUAAUUAUAGCCAAACAAAACAGCGUUCUUCCAGAACCAAGGUACAAAACAUAUUAUCAACAGCAUACAGCACAGAUGACAAAAAAAUGUGUCUGUUUCUUCAAAUGGAUCCUCAAGAUCCUAUAUAGCAUUGCAAAAGCUUCCUGCAACCUUGCUACUCUGAGUCAUGGAAUCAUACUGCAUUCAGCCCAUCCUGUGUGCAUUGGUAGAAUCUUGGCCUAUUGCUCUUUCCUUAUAAACCUCCAUUUUUGUUUGAAUGUUAGGUAUUACUUUUUGAAAGUUAUCAAUGAAUCUGUUUCCACCAUUCCAGGUCAUAACACCUUGACAAGUUUAUCAUCAUGUGCACAAGUACACUGCAAUGGAGAAAGUUGCUUGCAGCAAAAUCACAGGCAUGUAGGUACAGACAACAAAAGAAUAUAAAUUAUAGUUAAGUUAUGCUAGUGAAAAACUAAAUCAAGAAACCUUAUGCAAUAAAUAACAUCUCCCUACACAGAUUAAACAAACAUCUAUUUGUUUGUUGUCUCUGUGCAAACACUGGAGGGAGUCUUUUGCUUGCAAUCUAAAAGCAAAACACCUCGUGCUCAUUGGUGAAAGUAGGAUGUGGUGGGGGUAUUGCUGAAGUUGGAUGUACUGUGAGCGAAAUGGCUUUGUUAAUGAGAGAGGUUAGAGGAGACUGCCCACACAACACACUGAACUUUGAAAUAGAUGGGUUACAUCAGCAGAAGGCCACACACAUACACUAGAUCACCACUUUAUUAGUUACAGGAGGUAUCACACUUUAUCAGCAACAAAAAUAUGAAUGCAAGUACUAAUUAUGAUAAUGAGUGCCAGUUACAUUCUACUAUGCAGAUUCAGGAAUACUUGAUAUGAAUUACUUCCUGAAAGUUUACAUAAAACUUGAUUUUAUAUGUUUGCAACUGUUACAAAUUGCAUUGAUGCAUAAUAGUGUAUAAAAAUAAGAGCAUAUUUACUUAC